CGGUCUCCGGCAGCCAGAGGUAGGUGGUAGGUGGGCCGGGUCUUGCCGCCUGCGGUCCCCGGCCUCGCCCGCUCGCGUUCCGCUGCGGACCCACGAUGCAGUACCAGACGUGGGAGGAGUUCAGUCGCGCGGCCGAGAAACUCUACCUCGCCGACCCUAUGAAGGCCCGUGUGGUUCUCAAAUAUAGGCAUUCUGACGGGAGUUUGUGUAUUAAAGUAACAGAUGAUUUAGUUUGUUUGGUGUAUAGAACAGACCAAGCCCAAGACGUAAAGAAGAUUGAGAAAUUCCACAGUCAACUAAUGCGACUUAUGGUAGCCAAGGAAUCCCGCAGUGUUGCCAUGGAAACGGACUAAAUGGUUUGAAUUGAAGAUCUGUCCUGUUCUUAGGAAGCAAAUCUCUUUUGAAUCUGAAAAAGUGUUGGGAAAGAAAAUAGUUUAUGUAACUAAGUCGGCUCUUCAGAAGUGGGGAGAUCAUUUUUUGUACUUUGUGUUUUAAUGUUUACUUUAAAGAGCUAGGAAUGUAAAUGCUUUCAGGUAGAAAACCUUUAUUUAUUUUUGAAAAUUGAACAAAUGCAUCUAUGUUGGGAAACCUUUUGCAGGUUGAUAUGGGGCAAAAUAUGUAAUUAUUCUAUGGUAAGUUUGUAUCAGUAAUUUGAAAAAGGCAAUUCUUCCUUAAAUUUAGUUAAUCUGUCUUUAAAAGAAAAUUAGAUGUAACCAUUUUGCCAGAUUGAUAUAUUUCUUUUGGAGCAUAAAAUUUGUGCUGUUGCUGACCAACAAACAUAAAAUAUGGUAACUGGAAUUGCCUGUGCACAGCAGUGUGCCUGACUAUGUAUAAUAUAGUAGUGUAGUCUCAGUUAUUUCUAAUAACCAUGGAAACAAGUAUGCUUUACUUUACCUAAAACUUUCCAAAUUUAAACUAUUUUUGAAUGUAAGGGAUUUGUAGUAUCAUUAGCUUGUUGAGCAGAGACUUGCUUUGAAUCUCGUUUUCAGUGCUCAGAAACCAGCUGCGGUUACU